AUGAGGUCCUCGGUCCUGACCAGUGGCCUCCGCUCCUUGCGGUCAUCUGGUUCACGGUCAACAGCUGUCUUGCGGGAACCAUGGAUGGCAGCAUCCAUUCCCCGGCUUGUUUUGCCGUCAACGAAGCAGGCCCGAACUGGCGCUACGCUGGUAGACUCGCCGACCGCGGCGCACGACCAGCCCGAGGCCGUUGAGAACGCCGCCAGGCAAGCCAAUGCGAAGAAGAUCCUUCAAGAUGCCGUUGCUGCUACCGGCCCGAGACAGAACUGGACGCGACAGGAGAUUUCUGCCAUUUACUACCAGCCGUUGCUUGAACUGGCACACCAAGCUAGUCUUGUCCAUAGACGGUUCCACAGCCCGGGAGAAGUUCAACUCUGCACCUUGAUGAACAUCAAAACUGGCGGCUGCACCGAAGAUUGCUCCUACUGCGCCCAGGCCACGCGCUAUCAAAAGGGCACGGGUCUCGUAGCCAAGCGUGUUGAAACCGUCGAGUCAGUCCUCGCAGCCGCCAGAAUCGCCAAGCAAAAUGGCAGCACGCGCUUCUGCAUGGGUGCUGCGUGGCGAGAUAUGCGUGGCCGCAAGAACAGCCUCAAGAACAUUGCAGAAAUGGUCAAGGGUGUCAAGGCCAUGGGCAUGGAGGUCUGCGUCACGCUUGGCAUGAUUGACGCUGAGCAGGCGAAGCAGCUGAAGGAAGCCGGACUGACUGCUUACAACCACAAUGUUGAUACCAGUCGAGAGUUCUACCCGUCCAUCAUCACGACGAGAUCGUACGAUGAGCGUCUCCAGACGCUGAGCAAUGUGCGAGAUGCCGGCAUCAAGGUCUGCUCUGGCGGCAUCCUGGGCCUCGGCGAAUCGUCCGAGGACAGAGUUGGCUUGCUUCACACGGUUUCAACACUGCCAUCCCACCCAGAGAGCUUCCCCGUCAACGCCCUUGUACCCAUCAAGGGCACGCCGCUGGGAGAUACCACGCCAGUUGCCUUCACGAGCAUGCUGAGGACGAUUGCGACAGCGCGAAUCCUCAUGCCCGCGACCAUCAUUCGCAUUGCUGCUGGCCGCAAAACCAUGUCGGAGGAGAAGCAGGCACUGUGCUUUAUGGCGGGUGCUAAUGCCAUUUUCACUGGUGAGAAGAUGCUGACGACCGAUUGCAACGGCUGGGACGAGGACAGCGCAAUGUUUGGCCGCUGGGGUUUGGAGCCAAUGAAGAGCUUCGGAAAAAAGUCUGUCGAGGACGCCGGCGACAUUGAAGCCGGCAAGAUAUGA